CGUGCGCGACACGUACGCGGCAGUCGAAAAAGCGCGCCGGCGUGUGACGUUUCAGGCGACGCGCGUGCACAUCUUUCGGACGCGACGCGCACGGUGUUCGCGGCGGUCGUUCGUUCGCCGGGUUCGCAGACAGGAGACGCGUAAAGCCGGUCCCCCCGGUCCCUUCGCGAACGUCGUCGGACCCGACGUUUUUCCCGGCACCGACCGAUGCGCACGUGGCGCGUACCGUAGCUGCUCCGGGCCCCGCGGCGCGAUGACGGUCAGCUACCAGUCCAGGGUGUCGUCGUCCACCAGCGGGGGCUUCACCAAGCUGCUGUUCCUGUGGCGCGGCAGCUUGUACCAGGUGCUGUACAGGGAGCUGCUGCUGUUCAUGGUGGCGUUCGUCGUCAUCAGCACGCUGUACCGGAACGCGUUGACCGAAGCGCAAAAAGAAAUAUUUGAAAAAAUUGUUAGAUACUGCGAUACCUUCAGUAGUCAAUUACCAUUAUCAUUCAUCCUAGGAUUCUACGUAACGUAUGUGGCUAAAAGAUGGUGGAACCAAUACCUGGCGAUCCCCUGGCCCGACAAAGCAAUGCACACCAUAUCACUGUACGUAGAGGGCAAUGACGAUUACGGUCGCAUGAUACGGAGAUCCUUGAUGAGGUACUUGAUUUUAACUUUAAUUUUGGUAUUGCGUUCCGUUAGUUCGCCGGUCAAAAAACGCUUUCCGACACUGGAGCAUGUCGUCGAAUCUGGUUACAUGACUGCAGAUGAAAUAGAAGUGUUUUAUUCACUGCCCAAGGUGGAGUUCAAUACCUAUUGGGUACCAUGCACCUGGUUCACCAAAGUGUUGAGGGAGGCCAGGAAAUCCAGACGAAUAGAAGAUUCGGAUGGUGUCAAACUCAUUAUGGAGGAGUUUAACGAAUUCAGAGCGAAAUGCGGUAUGCUGUGGAGUUACGACUGGAUCAGUAUACCGUUAGCGUAUACCCAGGUCGUCACAAUUGCAACGUAUUCGUUUUUCAUUACUGCCGUCGUCGGAAGACAAUACGUCGAAGGAUCAAAAAAACCACUGCAAACGGAAGUCGACGUUUUUAUACCGGUGUUUACAAUAGUACAGUUUUUGUUCUUCAUGGGACUCUUAAAGGUAGCUGAACAAUUAAUAAAUCCUUUUGGUCAUGAUGAAGAAGACUUUGAAUUAAACUUCCUAAUUGAUAGACACACAAAAGCAUCCUUUUUAGCAGUAGACUUUCUUGCUAAAGUUAACGUACCGUUGGUCAAAGAUAUUUACUUCGACCAAUCCGAUGUAUCGAUUCCAUACACGAGCGCGUCCGCGCCAUUAAGGCAGAGAUCGCAUCGAGGAUCUGUUCACCAUAUGCCUGUUCCCGAAGACCAACGUAUGAUGUUUCUUCCAGAAAUAAUCGAGGAACUAGAUCCUGACCAGAUGAAAAUCAGAAAGACGUCAAUAAGUUCAAACAAAAGCGAAGGAAAAUUCAACCCAAAAAAAGAGAAACUCAACGAUUCUUUUGGCAUAAUGCAGGUCGACCAGCGGUCGAACGGUGGCGGCGAGUUGGUCCUCGGGCCGAACGCGUACUCGUCGACGGCCAAGCGGAGCGGCGGCGGCGUCGCGGGCGGUUUCAAGCAGCUGGCGCAGCGCAAGACGGACGCCGCGCAACCGGUCGUGCUCGUGUCGAUGACCAGGAGACCGAGCGGCAAUUCCGGACAGUGGAAGCCGUUCAAGUGGAAAUCGUUGGAACGUCUCGGUUCCGCGGACCCCGGCCAUCCGCAGCAGCACCGCACCGACCCGGACGAAGACCGCCGCCGCGACCGUCAUUGCGAGGCGACCAACACGACGACGUCGGAAGCAAGGGACAACCCGGCGUACAGACCGGACGGACACGACGUGUGACCGUGUGCCCGUCCGUUCCUUCACCGGUCGCGUUCGGGUUCCGCACGUUUUUCGGUUACUCUCGUUCCCCCCGUCCCCCGUCCCCUCCCCUCCCCCGCCCGUAUCGGACCGUCGCGUCCAACCGCCCCGCGCGCGAGCUUCCCGGAAGUUCGCGAGUGCACGCCCCGGCAGCACUU